AAUAUUGAAUUUAAUUAAAUAAAUUAAAAUUUUCAGACUAAUUAAAGAGUAAAAAUGAGCUAAUAAGAAAGCAACGAUAUUAACUAAAAGCGUGAAAAUCCUUUCACUGAUAAAGAUAAUUCAGAAGAAUAAAUUCAAAAGAAAUUAGAAAAAUCAAAUGAUUCUGAAGGAAUGUAAAACAAAAAGGAAAUAUUCUUGAUCACAGGCAACAAAAAUAAAUUGUUGGAAUUCUAACAAAUCCUUGCUAACACUCACCUUGAACUUUCUUCAGCUAAUGUUGAUUUACCUGAACUCCAAGGUAAUCCUGAAGAAAUCGCCAAAGAAAAAGCCAUGAUUGCCUUCAAAGAAGCUAAAAAGCCUGUCAUUGUAGAAGAUACCUCCUUAUGCUUUAAUGCUUUCAAUGGUCUACCUGGUCCUUACAUUAAAUGGUUCUUGUAAGAACUCAAGCCUGCCGGUUUACAUAAAAUGCUUGCUGGAUUUGAAGAUAAAACUGGUUAUGCUUAAUGCAUUAUUACUUACAUGAGUGAAGAACUUAAGGAACCUGUUUGCUUUGUUGGCAGAACUCCUGGAACUAUCGUUGAACCCAGAGGUCCUUAAAAUUUCGGAUGGGAUCCUAUUUUCUAACCUGAUGGUUAUGAUUAGACCUAUGCUGAAUUACCCAAGGAAGAAAAGAACAAGAUUUCUCACAGAUUUAGAGCUAUCGAUAAGAUGGUUGAAUACUUCAAAUAAUGA